AUAUCCAAAAGUCCGCGGUACGGAGCGCUCUGCGUUGUUGUGGUCAGCUAGCUGUGAUCUGCUUCAUGUUAAAAAACAUAUGCUACUCAAAAACUCAGAAACAGUUGACACGAAGCCAAAACGGUUUUCAAAGUCAGGCUGUUAUCAAUGAUUAUUUUGCUGUUCUCAAGAGACCAUGGACGGAGACGGUUCAUCACAGUUAGCCGCACUGUACCUGCGCAGGUCUCUGAUGGAGUCAGCAGAUCCAGUGAAGGAGAUCCAGUGUUUCCAUUUGAUGGUGAGCCACGAACUGGGACCCAGUUUGGUCUCCAAAGGCAAGGAUCUUCAUCGCUGCUGAAACAAUCAGAUCAUCUUCAUGACUUUGAACAUGGAUUUGGACAGGAUUUACUUCCAUUCAGUCACGAGAUCCUUAGUGAAGUCCAACAAUGAAGGUCUGCUCUCCGCUGGUGCUCCAGUUCUACCCAAAGGUGUCUGAUAGGGUUGAGCUGGGAGAUGUGGUCCCUGCAGCGUGUCCUGGUUCUGCCAUGGUGUGUCCUCUAAGCUGGCCAAGCAUGCAACGUGUGGAAAAGAGGCCACCAUCCAUAAACAGGCCGUAUCCACACAUAAAGGUCCAUCUGAGAGUGGAUUUGUUGUGAGGACCGGGGCAGCUGUAACUCCAGUUUACCACAGGGGUGCAUACAAACAGCUGCAGGUGCUUGAAGAUUUCAAUUACAACUCUGACUGAGCUGCUCCAAGGAAAAAGCAUGACGGGCUGUGGUAACCAUGGAUCCUCCUGCUUGCUGCGCUGCUACAAACAGAGCACCCAAAAGAUGAAGACAGGUCCAAAUUAGGAAGGGAAGAAGGGGAACCAUUAGCUCAUUAACCUCUCUUUGACUUCUCUUCUUGCAAAAGAAGAAAGACCUGCAGGGAACUGAUAAUGAUCGCCUGAUGCAACAUUACAGAAACUGACAGCGUGAGGAAAUACCACAGCUAUCACGAGCAAGAAGUGUCACUAGCUGGAGCUAAAAUUAAAAGUCUGAGUGGAAGAAAGAGACUUGAGGAGCAUGGGACAUGGAGUUCACAGCACUGAGUUGACAUCCAGGCAGAAAUGAGCAGCAGUGGAUUUGGCAGCAGCUGCAGCUUGCUCCAGGGCCGGCGUUUCUUCUGCCGGGAAUGGGCCCUGGACAAGCUGCGGCGCUGCCUGGAUGCCCGAUCUGUGCAGGGUCACCCAGCGGGGCUGCUGGUCACCGGGGGACCAGGUGCGGGGAAGACAGCUCUGUGCACUGAGGUGGUGUGGCCCACUUCGAAGGCAGGAGUGGAAGUUGGGCUGGCAUCACGCUGCCUGGUGUCCCACUUCUGUAACAGGGAGGACCAGAGGAGCACCGUGCUGUGGAGGUUCGUCCUGGGGCUGGUGGAGCAGCUCAGGGCCUCGACUCUCCUCCCUCCUGGGUACGAAGAGAUCCUCAGCAGCCCAUCUGUGUCCUCUACUCUGGAUCCUCUCACCUGUCAGAGAGACCCUGACAACACCUUUAAGAGAGCAGUGUUGGGACCCCUGCUGGACCUUCCUCCUCCUGCCCAGACUCUAAUGAUGGUGGUGGACUCCCUUGAUGUUGGAUUUGAGGCUGGCAUGGGAGGUGGGAAAAGCUGCUCCAUUGCAGAGCUUCUGGCCGCCAACCAACACCUUCUGCCUGGCUGGCUGCUGCUUGUCUGCUCCGUCCGCCGCCACAACAAGACUGUGUGCAAGAUGUUCUCAGGUUUCCGGAAAAUCUGUCUGGAUGAUCUCCGCAAGCCCCCACCAGUCCGUGACGUGCAGCAGUACAUCCUCUGUCGGCUGGAUGAAGACGCAGCACUUCGCCGUCAGCUCACCCCUGACACGGCUGACAUGCUGAAUCUGCUGCACAUCAAGAGCGGCGGCUGCGUGCUUUUCCUCGAGCGUGUGCUGGAUGGUGUGGCAGGUUCACUGGUGGGUCUCAGGGAGAUCCGGGACAUACCUGGGACUCUAAAUGGCCUCUACCUUUGGUUGUGCCAAAGACUCUUCCCACGGGGGCUCUUUCUUUACGUCCGGCCUCUUCUCAAUGUCCUCCUGGCUGCCCCGAGGCCCCUCACACCCAAACAACUAUUCACUGCGGUCUGGACUCAUGACAACCUGCUCAGUCUACCGGACUUCCAGAACAAGCUGAGAACCCUCUCUCCUCUCCUGAUCGAUGGCCCUGAGGGCACCAAACUACUUUUUCAUGCCAGCUUUGCUGAGUGGCUGACAGAUGUGAAGUACUGCACACAGAAGUACCUGUGUAGCAAAACUGAAGGUCACAGUAUGCUUGCCAUGGCUCUGACUUUGCAGGGACCCUACUUGGACAUUGAGGAUACUUGCCAGCUAGCCACACAUUUAGUGUGCUCAGGUCACCAUAAAGAAAAUCCUGCAUUAUUAGCACUCUGGAUGCUGUGGGCAGGUGUGCCAGUUCUUACUCCUAGCAGCAGGAAUACUCUCACCACAUCCUCACCCCAACCCCCUAUUCUGGUCAGCCAGGAAGUCCUUCAGCUGUUAAUGAGGAGUGGACUGAUCUCUGCAGCCUUUUUUGCAGAUGCUGACCCAAGUGUAGAAGUGCAUUGUAUCGGCGAAAAGGAAGCUAACUCACAACAGGAAUUUGAAAAGGAACUGUCUGUGAAGAAGAUGUUAGACAGUGGGCUGUCUUUAAAACAUAUAAGUUCCACAGAUGGACAGACCUUGCUUGCCAACGCAGCCCACGAGGGUUCUGCAAAUGUAGUUGAACUUCUUCUGGCACACAGGUCGAAUCCACUGGACAUCGAUGUUCACGGUCAAACGCCGCUGACUUUGGCUUCCAGGCAGGGUCAUGUCAAAGUCUUGUCUGUUCUCCUGGAGUGGGCCAAGAGCCAGGAGCAUGAGACUGCAAUGCAGAUGAUGGAACACAUCGACAAUGAAGGCUGGACAGCACUGCGUUCUGCUGCUUGGGGAGGACACAGCGAGGCUGUCAAGCUUCUUCUGGAUGCUGGAGCCGAUGUAGAUGGAUGCGACAGCGAGGGCAGGACCGCUCUAAGAGCCGCUGCGUGGGGUGGUCAUGAAGAAAUCGUCCUGACCCUGCUGGACUUUGGGGCUAAGGUUGACAAAGUGGACAGCAAAGGCCGGACACCUCUCAUUGCUGCUGCCUAUAUGGGACAUCACGAAGCUGUUGAGAUUUUGCUGGACCACAAUACAGAGGUUAACUUGGCAGAUGGAGAUGGAAGAACUGCUCUGUCUGUCGCUGCCCUUUGUGUCCCUACAGCAGCUGGGGUCAAAGGUUACGGUGAGGUAGCAAGUUUGUUGCUGGAGCGUGGAGCAGAUCCAGGCCACAGAGACCACGAUGGAAUGACACCAUUGCUUCUAGCAGCCUAUGAGGGCAAUGAUGACGUAGUUGAGCUGCUGCUGGAAGCUGGUGCUGAUGUAGAUGAGACUGCUGGCCCUGAUGGUAAUAUCUGUGCUGCAGCUGCUGUCACCCCCCUGCUGGCGGCUGCAGCUAUGGGACACAUGAAGACAGUUUCAAGGCUGCUUUUCUGGGGGGCAGCUGUAGAUGCCAUUGAUUGUGAAGGCAGAACAGCCCUCUCCCUGGCAGCAGCAAGAGGCACUGUUGAGGUUGUCCGUUCGCUGUUGGAUCGAGGCCUGGACGAGAACCACAAAGAUGACCUUGGCUGGACUCCGCUGCACGCCGCUGCAUGUGAAGGCUAUCGGGCUGUGUGUGCUGCUUUGACAGAGCGAGGCAGCAUGGCACGUGUUGGAGAGAUGGACAUCGAAGGACGCACCCCUCUCAUACUGGCUGCUCAGGAAGGUCACGGGAGCACUGUCAGGCUGUUGUUGGAUAGACGUUCUCCCAUCGACCACAGGGCGUACGAUGGACAUUCUGCCUUGAGUGCCGCCCUCCUUGAGGGCCAUUCUGAGGUUGCAGAUCUGCUCAUGAGGCGAGGUGUUGAUACUGAUGUCCGAGAUGCAGAAGGAAGGCCUCUGCUCUACCUCCUGGUGUUAGAGGGUCGCCUUGAAAUGGCUACACUCCUUAUAGAGAAAGGUGGAGUGCCCUUAGAGUCCAGAGACCCUGAGGGCCGGACAGCACUUCAUGUGGCUUCAUGGCAGGGAAAUGUGGAGAUGGUAGGCCUACUUUUAAGGCAUGGGGCAAACCCUAAUGCACAGGACGCAGAGGGGAGACCACCACUGCAUUCAGUGGCUUGGACAGGACAUGCUGAAGUAGGACGUCGUCUCCUAGAAGCCACUGGUGUCAAUAUAGACCUUGCUUGCCACCAGAGGGCAACAGCUUUGAGCAUUGCCGCCCAAGAGGGACAUGCUAACAUUGUUGGCAUGCUCCUGGAAAGAGGAGCAAACCCUGAUCACAUGGACAAAUAUGCCCGCAGUCCAAUCAAAGUGGCUGGGAAACAUGGUCACUUUAACAUUGUCAGGCUUUUGGAAAGCUACGGAGCAAAGCCAUUUGUGGGCCUGUUAUCCUCUAGCACUUUUUCUCCCAUAAAACCCAACAAGAUCUCCUCCUCAGGCAUCUCAAGUAGUAAUAGAGGUGAAGUCACCGCCACUACCUCCUCCUCUUCAGUAUCAUCACCGGGCUCCACUGCUGAACGAUUCCACUCCAUGCAGAGCUCCCAAACUUCAUCCACGUGCCACUCACUGGCCACAGUUCAGACGGUGCCAGCUGACAGCCUCAGCUUCAUCCAGCAGAUCCAACAGCACUCAUUGCCCCGCAGUCGUAGCCGUCCCUCCACCCUCCCCCCACCUGGGAGCUCAUGCAUGGGCAGCCUCCAUGGAAGCAACCAGAGGCAUCCCAAAGGCAGCCCCCCUUCUGUUUGUACGGUCACUGCCAUGGUGCACAACUUUGAACUGCCUCAGAAAGGCUUAACUGGACUUGAAUAUAAUGACAAAAUGUACAAACAAAACUCAAACCUUAUAAAAGGUGACAGGACUGCUUACGCCGGUGGGAAAUGGCAAUCAGUCAUGACCUCCCUCGGGAUAAUGCCAGGGCAAGACAACCCUGCAGUAGGUGCUAAAGGCCGGGAGAGUCCCCCUCUGGGCUACCCGUAUAGGCUCCAAAGCUCACUUCAAGGGAAAGCUUGGGAUUCUAUACCCAAAAAGAACAUUUUAUCACCUAAUUGCUACAGUUUUCCCCCGGUCUCACCUUGUAGUGCCUUGCCAGAAGAUGUUAUGGUCGCUAUGACAACUGCUGAUCCACAGCUUCAUCUGAAACAGGCCAUUAAACUGCAGUUUGAGGGCCCCACCAGUGUAGCCUUAUACAAGAGAGAGACACCCCUGUAGUCGCCUACCCAGAACAUGACUGAAGAUACAGCUACACUCAUUUCCCAAACUUUUUACUUUGUACUUUAUAAAGAAUUUGAGUGAGUGCUGAAACUAUUUGGUCUUAAAAUGUAAACAUUGCAAGUGAAACAUUUAAAUUUCAAGCAAUCUUUCCUAUACUUUGGUUCCUCUGCCCUAAAUGUGAGGGCUUUUGAAUCAUUUUCAAAUCAUAUAUCAGUUCUUUAGGUUUAUAACUGACUGAUUAAUCUGAUAGGAAUCAGAUUCUUGUAGGUAAUAGACUAGAAGAAAAUAGACCACAGUUCAUUGAGGUGGCUCUGUCUGGUUUUCAAAGACUUUCUGGGUGGGCGAUAAGAGACAAAGUGAGCUGUUUCUUUGCCCCAAGUUUCAGAAAACACAGAGGAAGUACAAACUGAACAUCAAAGCUUACAUUCAUGCCUUUCUGUUUUUGUUAUUGAGCCGGACUCACACAUACAAAAUAUUGCUUUUUUCGUCAUCACUUUCAACCUGGAACUUAUUUUCCCCAUGUGUUUGGAUCUUUAUUGCUCUGUAUUGAAAAUAACACUGCCUAUAAUAGAGCACAGGACUUUGUGGGGAGUUAUGAUUUAAAUUAUUUUUGCCAGUAAAGAUCUUUUGUCUUAGUGAUAAACAUCUUUGUUAAGGAGCUUUAAGAUUGUGGCCUUGAUCUUUAUUGAAGCCUUGGAUAUUUACUAUAAACUGGCCUACAUCCCCCAUAGGCCUGUUGCUGACGACCAAAAUCAUUUUGCAGUAAUGCAAGCCUUCCAAAGCCUGACCCAGAGUGUUUAUGAUACAAACUAUAAAAGACAGCCAAGUUAACUGAACCUAGUUGGCUCCCCCAGUGUGUCUGUGAACAGCCAGGAAGGAAAGUAAAAGUUGGACCAAAUUGGAUAGAUGUGGGAGGGUUUGUCUAUUCCAAACUUGUUUGUGAUCAAAAGAAAUGUCUUUUUUAUUUUUUAUUUCUUCUUCAUUUUCCUUUGAAUUAAUAUUUAAUUUUACUCAUUCAAUAAAAUGGCAAACAGUGCCAUAACAUUGCCUGCC